GUGUUACCAUUGAAGAGGUGAGAUCGAAGCACCGUAACGAUCCGAAAAAGAUUGCGGAAAUAAUGAAAAGGAAAGCAUUGACCAAAUGUUCAUCACCAAAUCCCACAAAAUUUAAAAAAUCUGUGAAAAAAAGAAAGUCGAAUGAAAAAGGAGAAUUCAGUAAAAUUGCAAGUCCCGUUACAUCAGAUUAUGAAUCUGAACAAGAGAAAGUCGAGGAGGUCAUGCGUGAUCAAAUAUACAUGGCACGAGCAUUACCCAAAUUUGCUCCUCAUAUAGGAUGUCAUACGAUCAAUGACAUUGUAGACCGUAUUAAGUCAAUGUUAACGAAGAAUCAGUACAAGAUGUUUUGUACUAAAAGUAUAUUUGGUUUCUUCAUGAAGAAGAAAGAUUAUGUCGUCCAAGCUCAAUUAGGGAGAUGCAUUAUGUCACUUGAAACGAAGGAAAGUUCUACAAGUUGCAUAGUCAUUCGUGCAAAGGGCACAAUUCUUUAUUUCACUCCUAUAGAGUUUGCUUUGGUGACUGAUUUGAAUUAUGUUACAAACAGGGAUGAUUUUGUGUUUGACGAGGAGCGUCAUAACAGAAUUAUUGAUCAAUAUUUUGAUGGUGAGAGUUUUAUACAGAAAAAAGAGUUAUUUGCGGUUGUUUCUGAUAAAAUUUGGGGGAAUGAUAACGAUGAAGAUGCGCUAUUCCACGUCUACACUUUGAUUUGGUUGAGAGUGAUCACUACAGUGAUUAUCCCUGGGGAUUGGUUGCCUUUAAAGAAUUAGCUAGAAGCUUGCAUAAAAAGUUGAAGCCGAAAGGAAGGUUAUAUAUGCUUCUUGGAAUGCCACUGGUCAUUCAAAUUGGUUGUACGAGUGUUAUUCAAAUGUGCUGCGUAUUGUUUCUUCCAAGAUGGAGUCUCAAAUUCCACGUCUUUUGAAUUGGAAGAUAAAUUCUCCUCGUCCACGAUAUAAAACUCUUAUCGAAAGUAUGUUUGAUGAUACAUAUGACAAGGUUCUUUUUAAGAAUAUCGAGCCAACAAGAAAGGAGAUUUCAGCGUUUCAAAUACCAAAGAAGCUUGUUCCUGGAGAUGCAAGUCAUAAUGAAGAUGAUAUUGAUUCGGAUGAUGACUUUCAGGAUCCUCCACAAAGACAAAACAGUUAACCACAAAAUAAAAAAAUCGUGUUGAUUCCUCAGCUUCACCAGCAAAGAAAAAAUUGAAGCCACAUCCUAAAGGUUUAGAUGAGCAGACACCAAAAAGGACCCCUCCACCCCGUGCUGCAAGAUGCCUUCUGUGAUGACUCCAAUUCACAAGUCAAUUCUAACAAAAACUACGAUACGUGCAAAUAGGAAAGACAUAAACCGACACGAUAGUAAAAAAACUAUUCUGGUUCAGUCACCUACUCCGUCUUCCUUCAGUUCCGAAGAUGAAGACAUCAUUGUCUCAAAAAAAGUGUUUGAUAAGUUUCGUGAUGAGGAAAAAAAUAAUAUAGAAGUGCAUGAAGCAAGAGAUGAAUGUGUCUCUCAGAACACAAAACUGGUUGAUGGAAGUAUUGUUGAAGCACAAGUAUCAGAAUCUCAAUUCACAUUUCCAAAUAACGUUCUUAGAAGCAUUGAUCUUGACUUCAUAAAUAAAGCCACUGCUGAAGUCGAUGCUGACUGCAAGAUCACUCUUCCUGAUGAGGUUCUUCCUAGUCUUAAUGCGUAUGUCAAUCUUGAACGAAGUAUAAUUGUACAUCCAUCGGCAAAUGAAGCACAACAAACGCCAAUGCAUUUUUCAAGGAUUAGGCGACCAUCUAGAUACAAGAAGUCACCAUUCACAAUAAAUUUUGAUUCAGUAGAUGAAGUGCAACGGAGAACAUUUGAUCAGAAACAUCCCUUCAUAUCUCAUCCAGUUAAUGAUAUAGAAGACACCAAGAUCACCAACAAGUUCAUGACGUGGCUUUCAUUGGAUCUUCUUAAAUAUCAUUCGAAAAGAAACAACAAAGAAGAACAUUAUUUGAAUGGCAAGGUAAAAAUACCACUUAUCAGUUUUGAAAUUUUAUCUGUUGAAGAUAAGAAUUGAUUCUACGUUAUGGGUACUCCUAGCCAGACAUGGUCAGAUGAGGUAAGGG